AUACUGUCACGCUGCUGUUAUCCCGUGACUUUACUCUCUCCAGAAUGCUCCGCGGCGGCCGACGCGCCGCUCUCUUCCUCGCCUGCCUCGGCCUCCCCGCCGCUCCGGGAGGCUCUCUCCGCCGCCGCCGAGGGGCUCCUCUCCGGCCCCCGCCUCUUCUCCCCGUGGCUGUUCCCUCCUCCCUACCAAGGGUUCCCAAUAUUAAAUUCCUUUGCAUUUCCAUUGGCUUCGUCUGCUAACUUGAGCGACCAAGGUUCUGGUGGAAGCUCAGAUGAUUCAAGAUGUUGCCCAGGGUGUCUAGGCAGGAACUCUAUUGCCCAGGCAGCAUCUGCAGUCUGUCCUGCCGUUGUAAACAUUUCUUCUAUGCAAGAUACUCAUGGAUGGGUCAUAGAGAAGAGCAUUGGGUCCGGAACUAUAAUAGAUCCAGAUGGGACGCUAUUGACCUGUGCGCAUGUUGUAGAUUUUCAAAGCACAAAAGCAAUUGCUAGUGUGACAUUACAAAAUGGUCGUGAAUUUGAAGGCGUUAUUCUGAAUGCUGACUGCCACUCUGACAUUGCUGUUGUGAAGAUUAAAUCUAAGACCCCUUUACCGGCUGCAAAGCUUGGAUCUUCAUCUAAACUUCGACUAGGUGAUUGGGUUGUCACAUUGGGCUGUCCACAUUCUCUUCAGAACACAGUUACAGUUGGUAUUGUAAGUUGCAUGGACUGCAAAAGCAGUGAUCUGGGUCUUGGAGGAGUAAGAAGGGAGUAUCUGCAAACAGAUUGCGCUAUUAAUCAGGGGAAUUCUGGAGGCCCUCUUGUGAACCUGGAUGGUGAGAUUGUUGGAGUUAAUGUGAUUAAAGUCCUGGCUGCUGAUGGCUUGAGCUUUGCAGUAUCAAUUGACUCUGUCGUGAAAAUAGUAGAAAACUUCAAGAAAAAUGGGAGAGUCGUAAGGCCAUGGCUUGGUUUAAAGAUGCGUGACCUUAAUCCCAUGAUCGUUGCACAACUCAAAGAAAAAUCAUAUUCUUUUCCAGCUGUAAGAAAAGGGGUGCUUGUUCCUAUGGUUGCACCAGGAUUUCCAGCUGAACAUGCAGGAUUUUGUCCUGGUGAUGUGGUCGUGGAGUUUGAUGGUAAACAAGUUGAAAGCAUCAAAAGAGUCGGAGUGCCAUUCAAAGUUUUUGUUAAAAGGCCGAACAAUGUGACAGUGACUUUAUCUGUGAUACCAGAGGAGGCAGAUGCCAGCAGAUGACCCAAAAUUAAUCUGCUGGGAAGCCUGAGCUGAGGACUAAAGGAGAAUUUUCCAUUGGAACUCCAAUUUUGUUUGGAAUAUUUUUUUCGUCUGGCCUGUACUCCUUGUGCAACACCCAAAAUCCUAGGUCCAUUUCUAUUGGUUGUUGGAUGACAACAUCAUAGCUUUUUGUUGGGAUGCCCCUCUCAUGCUUCAUCAUUGGGAUAAAUUGUUUUCUGGUAGACGUACACUUUGUCUACCUAUAUGGUGUACCAACAGUUGAACAGUUGCAUCUUGCAUGGAAUCUUUCUACUUAAACACUACGAAAAUUUCGGUUAUUUAUGCUAAUCAUGCAGCGCUAUUGGUAGACUAUUGCAUAGUUUAUAUGGGCCCUGUAAUGUAUGAUACACACGUAACUGUGAGAUUUGCAGUAUUGAAUCAGGAGGUUUAUGUUGAUUAUAUUUUUCAAUAGUGUAGUCUAUGUUCU